GUUGGAUUUAUAACACACGAAAAGAGCAGGAAAUCUACUGUAAUAGAAAGUGACGAUCGGAACAUUGAUUCCCCGUCCUCACACUCUUGAUUCAUUGUGUGGAUGUUGUGAAAAAAGUCUUGGAUUGCAAGCUUGGAAAAUUAGAUCUUCGUUGGUGACAUUGACGAAAUGAGGUUGUGAUUCUGGAGGAAUGUACGGGGAUAACAAUGGAAAAAGAAAAUAGUUUGGAGUCCAAAGAUUAGGAUCAGGCACCCCAUCUGUCACAGGCGGUCACACAUGGUAUCGGUCACCCUCUGAUACAUAUGAUACAUACAGUGAGGAGAGGGCACCUUGACUGGGCUAUUAUGACUGGCUAAGAGGAUAACUAGGGCUAGUUAGAGGAGAAUUACUGAGAGCAGCGGGGGAAGCGAUCUCCUUACACCUCUUUCAUUACCUGUCAAUGUUAUAAGUAACAGAGGAUUCUUGGGAGUAGACCGUUUGCUAUAGAUAUAGUGUUCUGUAUAACCCUGGUGAGAAAUACCUGAGGGUUUCCCACCUGACUUCUCUCACCUGUACCUGUAACACCUGUGUGAGGGGAUUAUGAAAAUACACAAGAAGACUUGGAAGCAAUGCAGUUUCACUAAUAAUAUCAACAAGUGUUGGAAUUUCCAGUAGAGACCACCAGAGAAACUGUUUGAAUUUGGGACUUGAAGCCAAAAUUCUAGCCAGUCUUGUAAACUGUGUAAUAUAUACUUGACCUAAUGUCAGAAAACUAAACAGUUAGCAGUGGAGGAUAAAAGAUAAUCAACGAAGGAGGACUUUUAUCAAAUUUGAUGGAUUACAAUAACAGAAGGGGGAACAAAUUAUAACAAACCAAUUAUGUUCUUUCAGUUUUGGCUUUAGAAAGACUGAGUGUCAGAACAUUAGCUUUAUAGAAGUGAGUUCUGUUCUAUAGCAGUUAGAUACGCACAUUUACAAAGGAAAUUUAAACACUUCAAUAUUUUUGUGCUUUAUCUAUUCAUUGAUCUUUAGCGUGCAUGUAGAAGUCAGUAUCGGAGUAUACACUGUACACAUGCUAGCAAGUGAAUUGAACAAUGAAACACAAUGUUUGUCUAGCUUCUGGUGGUACUCCACAACAGAACUCAAGUGGUACCCAAGUAUCCCAAUAUGUGUAAAACAGCACAUUCCCUUAUUGACUUCCUUUGUGUUGAACACCCUAGACAGUGACCUGGAGUCAAGCAGGUCCUCGGCACCAGAUUACAUGGCACAGGAGCUUGUCACUGGCACUUAUGGUCUACCCUUGUCUGGAGAGGGUAUCUAACUUCCUCAAGUAGGGUUAAUUCCCUCAGCAGCUUGCCAAUAGGGUUUCUCUGAAGAGGUUUAAAUCUUAAAACUGUGUGACCCAUACAAACUAGAAGUUGGUUUAUGAUACUUUAAAAUGUGUACACUUCAAAUGUGAUGAACAACAUGUAAGAAUGUGAAUGUGAGAAAAUUGAGCCGAUUUUGUGGGUGAACGAAGAGCACGAUUCCUUAUUCUACACAUUUAUGGAUGAAAGUGUGUGAUCUUGUAUUUCAUACUUCAUAUACGCCGAGCAGAGCUUGAAAUGAAAGCAUUUUCAUGAGCAGUGAAUAACAUUUUUUUUUUUGCUGAAGGAAAGAAACAGUUUUAUCUCUUUACUGUGAAGUAGGCUGUGUAACGCUGAGAGAAGUUUGGCAUGGUGGUGACCUGUAUCAAAGAACAAUGUAAAAUGUGAUCCUGCGAUGGUAGACUUACUCCAUAGUAGCUGAGAGCUGGCGAUAGGGGCUGGACCUUUGACAGAGCUGCCGUGUCUAGUGGUUCGGCUUAUCUUGGAGCGUCUCACCACCCCUUUCCCUGACAAGGAACUGUUGGUCUGUAGUGGAAGUUGUCGGACUCUUCAGGCUUCCUGCUGUUUGGCAGACCGAUUGCUCUAUUUACUUUACAGAAUAAGUCAUUAUUUAGGUUUUACUUACCUUAGAACAAAGUCGGGAAGUUGUAUUUUCUACCGAAAAAGGACGGAUAAUCUGGCUUCUUUGAAAUAGAAUUGACAAGUUUUCUGAAUUGUACAAUUGUGAAUACAUAGCGAUUGGUAGAUGAUAAAUAUUUAAAAAAAACAUUUUUUUUUUGGAGAAAAUUAAGGAUUCUGAUAAAUCUGACAACUUCAUCAGACAAAUCAGAUAUCCAGCAGGGUUACUUUUUGUGAAUGUAGAAAAUCUCAUAAACGUGUUAUCCAAGUUGCAGAUAAGUUCGUUUACGUCUAAAUAAGCAGCAACUAGACGGAUGUAAACACGACUGGGAGGUUAUCUGUAUGAUAGGUGUUCAUCAUUGGUGCAAACCUUCGAUUUAUUAGCCAGCAGUGUUUAUUAGCUGUUCCUGCAGGCUGUCCAGGAGUAGCAGAAUUAUUGUCCAUUGAAGUGGAACAUUGGCUGUGUCCGUCUGUCUCUGGAAGGGCCAUCGGGGGAAAAAAAGAUUGUGAUUGGAUAUUUAAAUGCAGCAUCAGAGUAAUUUGUUGUGUCCUUGGUAUCAUUCCGGACUAUAAAAUCUUUCUGUUUGAAAGGAAAUCUACCAUGACAUGUUUUAAUAAUUGUUAUAGUGUCAGAGGUAAUGCAGUGAAUUAAUUGUAUGGAUAUUUCACACCAACUGGAUAUAUACAGUAAUACAAAAGAUUCUCAUAUAUGGAGUAAUGUAGUUUUGUUAUUACCAACUGAUUUUUUUUAACAAAGAUCUAUGAAUUUAGGAUGUUGUAGUGAAGAAUAUUUGACAUAAAAGUUUGAUCUCGGCAACAGUUUAAUAUAUCACAACCUGGGAUACAUUUCAUAUUCUGGUUUUGGAAUCUGCCACACUAGCAUAAAGAUCCGUCACGAUAAUUUGUAACUUUACACAAGAUAUGAGCCUCUUUUUUGUCCUUGAAUGACUUAUGAGGGACGAGACGAGACGAGAGACUCGUUUUUAUCGUGAAAUGAUCGGAUAUAAAUCUUUGCCACAGCUGCUGAUUACCUAUAUGAUGUGAACUGGUGAAAACUAGUAAGUGGUGUUAUGUCACAUGCUGUACUGGUGUACGGGGAUACAUGUCUGUCAACGUUCGUCACUUGACGCUCAGACAAUGAAAAACGUGAUUGUCAUCAGCAGAUGGGAUGCAGGAGCCCGGUGCAGCAGCAUUGCCGUGGAGGAGCUGUGGCAGCGCUAGCACCAGUCAACAGUCUAAGGGGUGUAGACACUAGUCACACUCCCCUCAGGCUCCGUAUCAUCUGGACAACUCGUGUUGUACAUAUGGGGAGUCAACACUCUGUGUCAUUACUCUACAUCUGUUGAUGUUUUCUCACAUUCUUAAUGGAAAGGUGAUACACUGAACCGUGUGUAUUAUUUAUCGUAUCCAGAUAUCACAGGAUUUCUACAAAUCUUUUUAUUGUGAGUUUUGUGUCUAAGAGUACGAUUUUUAAUCCUGACCAUUUGGACCCCUGAAUACCUGAGCCACAAAACAGUGAAAUGUAACACCUUUUUAGAUUUCUCGGAAAUUCCUGGACAUCUCAUUGUGAUUGGGGAUGACAUGGGAUAUAUGGCUUGAUUCUUCCUGAGACUGUUUUCUUUAUUUCUGGACUUUAUGGAAUUUCCUUUAGAUGAGUGAGAUUCUCUGUCAUCAGUGUUUAUUAGUGGGAUGUCCAACUCUCCAACAAUAACUGGAAACUGCCACAGAUUACAUUGUAUGUGAAAAUUUAUUAUUGACACUCUGGAAUAGGGAUACUUUUAUGAAAUUUUUUGAGUAUGGAAUUCAUACUUUGAAAAGUACUUUUUUUUCAUUCCAGAUGUUAUUGUUCGGAAUGGUUGAAAACAAAAACAAGCAACAUAUAUGUGUUGAUUGAAGAUUGGAUAAAAAAUUAGUUUUUCCAUAACAAUUGAAAAGGAUUCUAUAACACUACAUCUGAAGGGUUGUAGUACAAUAAUACAUAAUAUUGUUGUAAAAGCAUUGUGACAGGAACAACAUUGAUAUUGUGGACCAUAUGAUGUUUGGCUCCGUAACCACAAUAAUAUUUAGAUAGUGCAACAUUAGGAUUGUGUAACCUGGAAUAGACCCAUCAGCCUCAUCACUCAGGUGAAACAACAAACGGAUCCGACCUCAGACUGAAAACAAUAGACAGCAUGGAUAGCCCUAACACUGUAUAACAGGUCUACCCCGACAUGUGUUUGUAAUGUUCUGGAUGAUUGGUAGGUAAUUGGUCACACUUGCUCCCUGACAGUGAAGUUAGAUACACACACUAAAAACACUACCGGUCCUACUACCGCCCCUGGGGCCAGACUGCUGCCAGGGGCCACAGAUCCGACUCCUGGGGUCACGUAAUGGCCACCACAGCUGGCCGCUGUGGCCCAGUGGUACAGCAAUGUGAGGUUGAUUGAUUGUGUUACGGUUAAUAUGUGUUAUAGUUCAAAUUAAUUGUGUUGAGAGUGGAUGGGAACCUCCCAGUGUGAUCUACUGCCUUUUAUAUACACAUACAGACCUACCAAAUUGAUACUGCGGUACUUGUAGUAUUUAAACACAUUUUAUGAUGAUGGAAUUUACUUGCGGUGGAUCAUAUGAUUAGCAGUACUGUGGAUAAUCUUGUUAGCACAUCAGUGGAUUAUGUGAUAAGAUUAGCAUAGCGUGGAUAAUCUUGUUAUCGCUUGUUGGAUUAUAUAUAUAUACAAGCAAAAAAUAUGGAUUAGUAACAUGAUUGAUUUUUUGUGCUACAUAUAUAAUGAAAGUUAAACUCGCUCCAUGUGUAAUACAUUCAUUGGAGUACAUUUAUGUGUAGUUGGAGAGACAAAGGCUGGAUAGUUGUGACCAUUUGUGAUCGGGAGGUUUUCACACCCCCAAUAUGGUGCUCCUACAGGGUGUGUCCACCACUACCCUGUCCAGCAGUAAAAUGUCUAUAAACAGCAACGCGUCGGACAUGUCCAAGUGCAGUACAUUGACCAAAGGGACCAGUGUUUCUGAUAUGUCUAAGACUAGCACCCUGACCAAGGGUAUGUCUUUAGAUAUUGGCAUAACGGACAGUUCUAAAACCGGCACAUUGACCAAAGGUCAAGGCCAAGGACAUAAAUGUGAUAAGAAGGACCUCAGCAAGAACUGCAAAUGUCAAGUCAUCUUCAGGCAGUGCAAAGAGUUACCAUUCGGCUGGGAGAAGGUUGAGGAUCCACAUUUUGGAACAUACUUUAUUGACCAUGUGAACAGACGGACUCAGUAUGAAAACCCUGUGGCUGCAGCUAAGAAACAACAGCAAGGAAAUGAUUUAAAUAGCACACUACCUCGCACAAAGAAAAGUCAGGAUCAAGCCAAGAGAUCCGUCAGUGACACCAAUAUGGGUAGUCGAGGAGCGCCACCUGAGUACAACAGCCACCAUCCUGGAGCUGGGCGCAGGAGGAGAGAACGGAGAUUCACGAAGAUUCCGUCGGAACUUAAGGGUGAGCUGAGGAGAACGACACUAGUGAAGAGUAUACGUGGGUUAGGGUUCACCAUCAUCGGGGGAGACCGCGCCGACGAGGAGUUCCUACAGAUAAAGAAGGUGGUCGAGAAUGGCCCCGCCCAUCAAGAUGGCCUGCUCAAAACAGGUGAUGUUCUGGUCCAUGUUGACGGUAACAAUGUGCUAGGCUACACUCAUCAGGAUAUCGUCAACCAGUUCCAAACCAUUCCUCCACAUCAGAAAGUGGACCUUGAGAUCUGCCGGGGUUACUGUUUGCCCUUUGAUCCUGAAGACCCUAAUACAGAGAUUAUUGUCACGGUUGCCGUGUCGUUACCUCAAGGGGACACACCUUCAAGCAGUGCACCGCCAUCUUAUUCCUCAGCACAUGACUUUGAUUAUUUAAAUACCUCGGCCAAAAGUUUAAAGUCGCUGCCCGACCUCACAUGGUCAACAAAUAACAAUUCCUCCGACGCUCUCACGCAUGGUAACAGUGGUAACGUAAAUAGUGAUAUUACACCAGAUGUGCUGACGUUGUUGAAUUCUCGACCAGAAAUUUUAUCAAUGAAUAUUGUGCGGGGGGAAAUGGGUUUUGGUUUUACGAUUGCUGACAGUCAUUUCGGACAGAAAGUGAAACAGAUUCUGGACAAGCCUCGGUGUAAGACGUUACAGGAGGGGGAUAUUCUACAGGAAAUCAAUGGUAUUAAUGUCAAGGACAUGUCACACGGUGAAAUUGUUGGUGUUCUAAAGGACUGUCCCAAAGGACAGGAAACAAAAAUCAUUGUGCAAAGGGGAGGGUUACCAAUGAAAAGUAAAAAACCUAUUAAACCAACGAGAUCACCAGAGGAUGGUUCCUCCACCACUUCUCAACCAGGAGCGUACUUCUUUGAGAAUGGAGGGGACCCUAACAUGAUAGGUAAAAAUCACAAAAAUAUUACCAGUGGGGAUGAGAACCAUGUAGAAAAAGAAAAUAGAGACGAAGUGGAUUCGUCGACACGUCCAAAAACGCCAACACAUUACGAUGGGCGACCGAAAACUCCUUCAAUGAACGAUAACCGGCCCAAAACGCCUACAAGGACUAUGGGACCUAGCAUUGAUAAUCGAAAUAAACCAACCAUUGAUAGUCGUCAUCCAUUAUCAGAAAUGCAAAAUCGUGUUCAUUCAAAUGAUGAUAAUUCACGGGACUUUGGGAAUCAAGGUGUGGAACUUAAUCAGUCUAGGUCCUCCUCCGAGUUUUAUAGUAAUUCUGGGAGCUACGACUUUAACUCACGUCCCCCACCGGGACCACGACACGACCAAAUAAGAAACGAACAUCAACGACCACACAGUCGACAGGAGGGCAUGAGACCGAAUCACACUAUGCACAACACAAAUUUUAACCACCAAGGAGGGGAUCGGUUCGAUCGUGGGGACCCUGUUAAACCAGGCAUGUUACGUAGUCGAACACCUGGGCCGGAAAUGUUCAAUAGUAGACAAGCUGACUACAGAGGAGAUUCGAAUAGACCUAAGACACCCACUGCUCAGGACAUGAGGAGUAAAACCCCAAACCCGGGGAUGUCCUAUGGGGGAAACCUUGACUUCCUGAUGCAUGGGUCACGCAAUCACAAUUCAGUGGGUAUUAAUGGGACAUCUAGACAGGGGGGUUACUCUGGUCACCAGAGGCCACAGUGGGGACAUCACAGUUCUAUGGAUUAUCCUGGUUCUCCCCCAGUGCAACGAAGGGGCGACAAUCUUCACGAUACUUUCGACAAUCGACCAUUUGGGAAUGGCAUGAACAAUUUCUCUCCAGGGAUGGGUGCAGGACGCCCACCACGGCAGAGUACCUCCUUCGAAGAGGUUGAGCCCUCCCCUAGUAACAUCAUGAGGGUGCCUAGAAAGUUUCUACACUCUAGUUCCUCAUUCAACAGCCAAGCUUCCCUCAAUCAAUCACCGAGGAUACCACCAAGGUUUCCUAAUGAGGACAGUGGUUGUAUGGUUUUUACAGUGACGUUACAACGCCAGGAAACUGGAUUUGGUUUCAGAAUUAUUGGAGGAACAGAAGAAGGGUCUCAGGUGUCAGUUGGACAUAUCGUGCCGGGUGGAGCAGCUGAUGUGGAUGGAAGGUUACACACCGGUGACGAAAUUACUCAUGUGGACAACUUCUGUGUGGUGAACUGUUCUCACCACCAGGUGGUGCAACUGAUGAGCCGGGCCGGCAGUGGUGGACGUGUGUCUCUGAGUGUGCGGAGACAUAUGGCUCCCCCUGGUGGCGAUCACCAUGGUAACGUGGCGGACGGCUACCCGUAUGAGGUGACAGUUACUCGACGACAAACAGAGGGGUUUGGUUUUGUUAUCAUUUCAUCCGUAACCAAGUCAGGGUCGACCAUAGGUGAGUUCAUCGACACAGGGGUAGUUAAGGACUGGUUAGAUAGAAAAAAUCAAUACCCAUGGAUUGGUCGUAUCUUAGAGAAUAGUCCUGCGGAGAGAUGUGGCCAGUUACACGUCGGAGAUCGCAUCCUGGCGGUCAACAAUGUGGAUAUCUCUCACAUGCAUCAUGAGGACAUUGUCAAUAUCAUCAAGGAGGCCGGUCUGGCUGUCACUCUCACCGUGGGGUCACCACAGGAUGAUAACUCAAGUACAGCAUCAACAUCACAAAGAAGUUCACAGGGUUCUAUGGUAAAUGCUAUGGCCUUUCCUGCUGUUGGUGAAAAUGAAUUACGAAGAAACCCUCCCCCAGCUGAGAAGUUGAAAGACCUUGCAAGACAACGUAACUUUCCUAACCAACAGAGUCCAGAUGAUGAGGAACUGUACACAGUGGAACUACCCCGAGGGUCACGAGGGUUCGGUUUCUCAAUCAGAGGUGGACGAGAGUUCAACAGUAUGCCGUUAUUUGUACUGAGGAUAGCUGAGGGAGGAUCGGCUGAUGUUGAUGGAAGAUUAAGAGUUGGAGAUCAAAUACUAGAGAUUAAUAACUGUAGAACGGAGAGUAUGACCCAUUCUGAGGCAAUCGAUAUCAUCCAAAACGGAGGUCCUAAAGUCCGACUAUUUGUGAAGAGGACAGGCAAACUCCCUCCUAGCUUUGAUCCCAACAACCCAAUGGCUGGUAGGUAUACAAAUCAGGGAGUUCCGAUGGCCAAUGGUCCAAUAGGUCAAAGUUCACCUUACCUUGGGAGGAGAAAUUUAGAUCUACGGGAUGAGCAGAUGUUCUACAACAAUUAUCAAGGAGGAAAGCAGUACCAAAAUUACUGAGGAGUCGCAGUCAUAGAAACCAGGCAUUGUCAAGGCCUACACCAUCUUCUGGGAGUAAAGUCCCUGAUGGCUGGCUUAAAAUUCUCGCACAGAAGCAGUCUGUGACGGCUUGACUGGAUAAUCUGUGACGAGUAGCUGGAUUAAGUCUGAAGCUGCCGUAGAGGAAACAUUGAUGUGAAUUGAGUGGCACAUAGCCCAAAUGUGCUAAAAGUGGAAGGCCCCAUACAAGCUUUCACUUUGAUCUCCGGAUGUUUAUAUUUACUCCAAAGAAAAACAGGCUUUUGUUGCUAGCAGAAGAUCAGUUACACAUUCAGUACACAUGAGGGGAACAAGGAUCCCCAGAUUUACAGGAAUAUAAGAAAGACGAGGGCUGUGGAUUUGAACUUAUUGUCUAUGAAGGCGAAACCGAGACUCUGAGAGAGAUGUUCUAUUCUUAUGAAGAAUUUGAUUGAAUAGAGAAAGAGGAAAGUCAUAAGAAACCUCUGGUCAUUAAAGAACAUGGAAUUGAUUAAUAAGAAUGGAUUAUAUAUUUGUGAAAGAUUACAACUGUGUAAUAGUGCAUUGAGUAAAAUAUUACCUAAUCAAAGGGAGGUAAUGCAGAUUUUAUUUUUAAGAAUUAAGAAAAACUAACAAGAUUUGUUACAAUAAGUUAUAUCUUUACAAUAUUAAUGCACCAUUUAACUAGAACAGGACAUAUUAUUGGUAGCAUGCACAACUGUGGUUAAUUAGGUUUGAAACAAGUCUCUUUAACUAAUGAAGUAUAAUUUUUAAGACUAAAAUUUAAUUUUGUUCAAGAGCUAGCAAAGGUAGGUGUCUAUAACUGGACAUCAGAGAUUUAAUCUACCCAUAAUUUGAUACUUGUGGGAAACCAUGUAUACUAGAAAUAGCUUUAACAGAAUGUAACAUCUUCAACUAUGGGUUCUUGUGACCGUGUUUACUUAAAUACAUGUAAUAAUACUACCACAUUACUUUUGAUGAUCAGAUACAUAUGUUUAAUUGUAUUUUAAGGUUUUAAUUGGAAAAAGAUGCUCUGCUUAUUUUGUCUUCAUUUAAUUUAUAGGGAAGUGGCUAAGUUUAUCAGGAGGAUGCAUUUAAAAAAGAUAGUUCAAAGGUUAAACAAUAGUCAUUUUUUAAUAAAGUUAGAUUGUCACACAAGAUUCAUCGGUACAUUGUGAGGUGACAGAGCUAAGCAAUUUUGUUAUAAUGUAACUAAACAUAUUUUGGUUGAUCUUUUGUGUAGCUUGCAUAGCACAAUGCUUCAUUGUUUUGGUUGAUGAUAAUGGUUUUGGAUUGUUCACAAAUUGGUAAGUGACAAAACAAUUGUCUGUUUAGGGAACCGGAGUGGAAAUAACAGUCAUAUUAGUUCACUUAGUCGUACCUGGCAGCUUGGUUUAACAUUGUGGUGGAAAAAAAAGAUUGUUGAGCAUAGCAUAUAUUGGUUAGUGAUACAUUUCAACAAACUGUUUCUAUAUACUCUUAAACAUAUCACACUUGUAGAUUAUCAUAUGUAAUAUAUUUAUAUACAUAUAUCCAGUUUAUUUUGGUAUGGUUGUAGAUUGAAAUGAAAAGAGUGUAUCUAUUAAUUUCUAAUCAACUUAUUUCAGCACCAGAAUGAUUUUUGAAGCUCAGCAUAGGUAGAUCCGACUCAUGUUGUCCAACAGGUGUGUCUGUCAUAAGUCUCAAAAACCUGAAUGUAAUCAACAAAAUUGAUAAAAAAAAGCGACAUAUUACUUCUGUUGAAUUGAGUUUCAGACUGACAUGACAUUAAUAUGAAAAGAAAAAACAAAUUAUUGCUUUUCCUUUUUAGGUAACAGUAUUCUGGGCUCAAUCACUUAAGCCUAGGAUAGCAGAAAUUCAGUUUAGAAGUUUACAAGUUGUUAUAUUUAUUUUGCAAAAUCUUAUUGUGAUAGAAGUUGGUUUCUCUAUGCAUUUGUUAAGUGUUAUACUAACAUAUCAAUAUCUUUUUUUUAUAAAUGGUCAAGGUUUUAUUGGAUGGUGAGAUAAAAAGUAACUAUUGUAGAUUUACAAAGCUGUCCAAAGCUAUUUCACUAAAGGUCUGUCAGUAACUAUUGUAGACUUACAAAGCUGUCCAAAGCUAUUUCACUAAAGGUCUGUCAGUAACUAUUGUAGAUUUUUUUUAAAGUAAACAGUAAAAACUACAUAUGAAAUACCUAGUGAUAUGUGUAAAAUCUAUCUGCCUUUAUGUAGUAUUGAUCUGGAUUAUAUUAAUAAUUAUUUCCUUUUCAUUGUCAUAAAUAGAUCUAUGCAAGAAAUGUCUCUUGGGGUAUUGCUUGAAAUUGGCUACAAUCUUAAAGGUAAAUUAAUUGAUCAGAAAGAAAGUAUAAGAAAAAUGUAUUUAUUGUCAGUAAUAAGUACUGAAUACCCAAGUAUCUUAACUGUUGAAUACAAAGUUCAUUUGUAGUAUGCUUCUUUCAUAUGCCUCGUGUCAUAAAAUAAUCAAGUCAUUCUAUGGAAUAUUUAGUUUUGAAAACAUCCCAAAAUUUAAAUACACUUUGCAUAAUCUGGUCUACAAAAUAAAUAGAACAAUGUUAUUGUCUAAUAUUAGUUAAUUUAAUACACAUGUGUGGUACAUACAUGCAUUGCGCUGUCUGAAAGUUCUAACAUUUAAUUUGUUAUUAAAAAAAAUUCUUUCGCAUGUUGCCAAGAACCCUUUGACCAGGCUAGGCUAUGAACAAGAGAUGGAGAAACUAGAAGUCUUUCACAGAACAAUUGAUAUUUUUAUUUUUUGUCAACGGUUGUAAUGAAAAUGUGAUCCAUCAUAUUUGUAUACAUGAAGUUAUAAUUAUAUAAAUUGAUGAUGCAGAGCCAGUAUUUAGUAUCUUUUUAGGUUAAAUUUCUAGAAUGUGUUUUAUCUAACUGAUUCAUCUAACUGAUAAUCUAAACAAAUAUAACAUACAGAUUGAUACUAAUUUUAGUUAUAUGUGCGACAUUAUUGUAAUGGAAGCGUUAUCUAUAUAAUGACUAUGAGAUGAUGAUCAUAGAGAGUUUGUCUGUAAAUUGUUGUUGGAGACCGAUCGCCAUUACAUGCAGAUUGUCACAUUAUAACACCACCAUCCAUCAGUAGAUGAAAAGCUGAUUAUCUUGUAGAGAAUCACACGCUUGCACAACUUGGAGAUGAAACACAUUUUAGGAUUUUUGAGUUUUGUAGUUGAGCGUUGAGUGUAAUAAACAUGUAAUGUCUGUGAUCUUACAAUAUUUUGAAAUUAUUGAUGCGUUGUUCUACAAAUCACUCACUUGUUUUGGUCAAUCAAGUUUUGGUAGUUAGUUGUGAAGAUUAGUAGCUAGAUUCUCAGUGUGUAGGACCACAAUACACAUACUGCCAGUUAAGUUAUUUUUUAAGAUGUCUGGCCGCUUGUGAUGUCGGUGAUACUGCGUUGUCACUGGUUUUGUGAUAAAAUCUGAUUCUUGCCAUGGUCCACCAUCGCAGUAGUGUUAGUGAUGGUAUGUACAUGUAUAUACCAAAUACUUGUCAGUGUACAUAUCCGCUAUGACUGUGUAGAUUUUAGUAGAAUAUAUUUUCAUCAUAUCAUGUCUAGAAUAGAGACUUUGAGAUAACUAAGGAGUGCUUAAGGUGUAAGUACAGUAGUAAUUGAGACCAAACCAAAACCAGUGGUAAUUAUCUAGUUAAUUAUUGCACAGGCGUCCAUUUCCACUAGCCUCACAGCUAGGGGUAGUAUAUUUUUAUCAGGGCUAGUAAAAUAAAUUCAGUAUUUACUAUAAAACAUACUACCGGUAAGUAAUGAUUUUUUUUCAAAAUCUGCUUGCAGGCUUGUACUUUGAAUGAAAAUGACUAAUGUCAUCCUUUCGAAAUAAUUAUGAGAUGAAAUAAAAAAACAGUUUUAGCUUUGCUUAAAAAUUCUUUUACAAAAUACUCAUUGCUAAUAUUGUCCUCAAAGUCACAAAUUGUUGGAAUAACAUGACUUCAUAUUGAUAAUGAUUUUGUUUCAAGCUAAAGUUGCAGUUUCUUCAAAUUUUGAAGAUAGUGACUUACAUAUAUUAUGAAGUGGAGCAACAGUUUUGGGUGACUAUAACUUUCAAAACUAAGUAUACAUAUUGACCAUAUCAACUAUGAGUGUCUGCAGGGUACAAUUAUUUACCAGUACCAGUAUCUAAAUACCCCUGUGGGAUACCAGGCGUCUGAAUACCACAGUGAAGUACUAGUGUUUAGGUAAAACUAGAUAUGAUGACGUUGUACCUGUUUAUGAUGACAUGGAAUCAUUGCGUCCACACAGCUGAUCUGUCCACCUAUACAUGAGCUAUACAUCUUUUACUAUAACCAGAAAUGAUUUUAUCUUCGUUUGUAUGGUCCUAUUUGAAAUUUUGGUUGUGUUCUUUGUUAUUGUAAAAUGACGUUAAAUUUGUUACGGCUAUUUGUGUGAACUGUUCUGCAGGGAUACCAUACUUAACAUUUAAGCACUCAUUUUUAUAACUGAAUUGCAUGAAGAUACAAGUAAACUUUUUUCCUCGUUAAUCUUCUAGAAUGGAAAAAAAAGAGAAAGAAUAAAAACAGUUUCUUCUUGAUUUCAGAAAUAAUUCUUUAUUAUGUAAAAGGUACAAAAGGUUUAAGUAUAAUUACUUCUCAGAGAAUUGAGAUGAAUAUAUAAAAAAAAUAAGAAAAUAAUAAUUAAAACUUGUAAAUUAUAGAGCAAUAAAGUGUUCUAACCCCUGUUUAAAUUAAACCAUCUGGUAGAAUCACAGGUAUAAAGAUACUAGGUUUUUACCGGAUACAUGUGUUGAAGUAUAUUAGCUGGUGUGAAUGGUACUUAAUAUUUUAUAGGGAAAAUGAAAGUGCUGUGCAAGUGAUCGCCACAUAUUCAUUGAAUAAAUGUAAUUUUAUGCAUGGUAUACAUUGUAGAUGUACUUGUUUUCACUGUAUAAAUGUAUAGCACACAUAUUCGUCUUUUUAACACUAUUUUUAUACAUCCUGUACAUACCUAGUAACAAUGUACAUAAAAUGUUGUAUUAUGUAAAGAACUGUUUGUUACCAUUAGGUUCUAUCUGGCCGAGGAUAUUACCGUUAUUAAAGAAACAGUAAGAUUUGUUUUUCAGUGGAAGUUGUUUCCAAAUCAUACAAUUUUUUGUAUGAUAGUGUAUACGUAGCUACUUGUACACAUUAGAUGAUGCUCAUUUUCACUCAUAAAUAUCAUCUCUUGUCAUACUUAAUUUAAGAAUACAUUUUCCAUCAUAUUUAAAUAUGUAUACCAAUUUUAUUUAUGCAUGUAUUGAAUGCACUUUUGUAGCUUUAAGUAACAUUUCAAUUGUGGAAUAUCUUUUACAGUCCACAUGUGGAUAGCAUAUUGAAAAUUAAUAUUUAGGACUUAAGUAUUUACAAUUUGAUGUCACUCAAUAAUGGAAAUUUUAGUCGGGGAAAGUGUUUAUUUACGGAAAUGGAGACAAUGGGCUUGUCAGAUUUAAUACAUCUGUAAUCAAACCAAGAUUGGAAACAAAGAAAAUUAACUUUCAGCUUUUUAACAAUCAAAACAAGGAGAUAUAGAAAAAAUUCCAUGUGACAGAUAUGGAUUUUUUACCUCCAAAAUUUUGAAUUUACGUACAUAUUUCACCGACAUUUUAGCAUCUACUGGUUAAAGACUGUGAUGUGUACUGAGUAUGGUAUCAGUGAUAUUACAUAGACAAUAGGAUGUACUAAUAAGUGAAGUUUAUAUUAUACGCAAGGGAUAUCUAGGUUGUUGUGCAUUUAAUAAAUUCAUAAAUACUAUAUAAAGUGACGUUACUUUUGAGGACAAACGUAAUUUUUGUCCUAGAAAUCACCCAUCAAUGUACAUAUUCUGCGAGUCAAUAUUUUGACCUGGAACAUUUUUGUAUAUGUACAGAAACCUAUAAUAAAGUUACACGAACAGGGA